GUUCUAACUACUCCGCACGACCACCUACAAAGUUGUAGUCUUUCAAUGCCUUGUAAAGUCUUACAAGGUACUAUGAAAGCGCUAACUAACCUUGUAAUCCUGCGGCAUUAUAAAUGUCCCUUGGGUUUUUUCCGACAAUUCAAUAGUCUGCCUUGGGCCCUCGUGGAGUCGUCGGUUACCGGUCACUGUUUAACCUAUUGGCAACCUUUUUUUAAGACGGAAUGUCCGUUCUUCCUUCUAUCAGUGGAUCUGCCUGUGAUCAUCCUAUUUCGUUCUUCCUAAUAUUCGUCAACGUUCAACCAUCGGUGUUGUCCUGAAAUAGUCCUGGAAUGACAUUGUUUGACAUCUUCCGCCAGCUGGCAUGUCCCACCAAGCGCACAAACAGUAGGGAAGAUAAAAUCUCAGCACUCGGGGGAGUACCUGACCCCAACAACAUGGCUACACCCACAGUUUCAAGGUUCGUUGACACUGUGUUCAUCCGUCCCAUCGUCGUGGCUAUAAGCAGCCUUUUGAUCGCAUCCCUCAUGUCCUACGUGAUGGCUGAACGCCUCGACUGGAGGCCGAUCACCGUAUGCGUUACAUGCGACAUUCUUACGGUCGGCAUUGAUCACUUUAAGGAUCAAGAAAUUAUCAUUGGCGCAUGCAGCGCAGCUGUCGUAAAACGCUUCACCCCUCUGUUCUACCUCGCCCGCAUGUUUCUGAUCCUGAAUGCAUUGCUGCUAGUGAUCGCUCUAAGUCAAGGUUCACCAAAAAUGACUAUCAUCACUGUAGUUUUUACUACCCCAGCUUUCUUGUGGGCGACACCGCUCAAUCCUCGGCAAAUUGGUGCAGCAUUCCAGAGAUUCAUACCUGCAAAGCAUGGUCAAGAAGUGGGGUAUAGUUCAUCGAUAUCUGGUGCUCCAUUCGUCAUCAAACGAGUUCCUGGCAUGAAAUCUAUAUUCAACGGCAUCAUCCGAGGUUGUGGGAUAUUCUUCGUUGUUCACUCAGCACUGCAGGAAUCGGGGAAGUCAAAUUCUAACGUGCACCCAUGGAAGAUCAUUGAGAUUGUCAUUUGGUCGACGAUCAGUCGCACUGGUCAUGGUACGUACGUGACUUUUGCGAGGACGAGAAGGCUGGAGUUCCCGACCAUACCCGUCCUUCUUGGAUCCCCUCUCAAGACUCGGAUAGUCUUAACUGCCAGCCAAGCAGUCGUUAUUAUGGCUUGUCUCGGCAACCCAUACAUUUUAGGGAGUUCCUGCUUCAUGAUCGCUCUUGUUUGGUUCCUAGGGCAAGAUUCCCCAAAAGCGUACUUCAUCCUCAGUAUUCAUUCACAGUCGAUAUUUAUUGUUAUACGUACCCCUUUCUUCGAAUUAGUGAUCGUUUUUAAUACGAUCCCUUCCCUGGACAUGUUUAAUGUUCAAAGUCCAGACUUGGUCGUGCCUUGA